AUGCCGGACGAUAAACCCUUUGAAGAGAAUACAGAGAAGGGUUUAGAGGCGCAGCAAAGCAGCGAUGAUGGAGAAGAAAGAGAAGCAGAAGAACAGCUUUCGCGCCACGCGUUCCACUCAACGUGGGAGGAAAUAUAUCAGCGGGAGCUUCACAAUGCUACUGCAAGGAAGGCGUACCAAACCACGAAUCAGCAUAAACGAACUUCUACAAAACGGCAAGCAGACUGCAGAGGCAGCAGCAGAAGCAGCAGCAGCAGCAGGAGCAGCUGCGGGAGCAACAGUGACAGUUCCAGUGACCGUUGCUCAAUAGAUGGGGAGGAGUGGUUUGGCCCGGAGUGCGGCAAGAUCCUAAACUGGGUAUUAAGCACUUUAAGCAGACGUCAGGACCACCCCUUGCAGCUUUACUUCCGACGAGUGCAUGCAGUCUCUAGCCCUGAUUCAUCAGGGGCAGCUGAAUGCAGGGGAGGAGCGUGCGACUGGUGCAGGGGAGAAGGGUCUUUGAUAUCCCAAGAGUUCACAAAGAUUCCCGUCCUGGACGUGGGCUGCGGGGGAGGUCAAUUCCCGGGAGAAGGGCCUUUGAUAGCCAAAGAUUUCACAAAGAUUCCCGUCCUGGACGUGGGCUGCGGGGGCGGUCAAUUCCUAGUUCGGCUCCGGCGCUGCGGCUUUGAACGACUGGCGGGCAUUGACUAUUCACACUCUGCCAUUCAGCUUGCGCGCUCGAACGUGGGAGAAGGGCCUUUGAUAGCCGAAGAUUUCACAAAGAUUCCCGUCCUGGACGUGGGCUGCGGGGGCGGUCAAUUCUUACUCUACGUACAGUGCAUGCACCGACUAAUGCCACAGUACGGUCUUCUGUUCCUAACUUCCUGCAACUGCACCUUGGAAGAUCUCGAAUCUCUAUUUUGUGCGAAAACGGAAACAACUCAGCAGCAGCAGCACCAGCAGCAGCAGGAUAAGCAGAAGAUCUCCCCAAUAAGGCCCCGCGGGGAAAACAAGAUGCACGCCGCUACCCACCAUGCAGUUACUGCCUCUGCAGCUUCUUCAGAAGCACCAGCGCUUGCAGAGAGCAGACAUGCAGACCCAGACGGCUUGGCAAGGGAUUCGAAUCUAGGAGAGGAAUCUCUAUUUUGUGCGAAAACGGAAACAACUCAGCAGCAGCAGCACCAGCAGCAACAGGAUAAGCAGAAGAUCUCCCCAAUAAGGCCCCGCGGGGAAAACAAGAUGCACGCUGACGCUACCCACCAUGCAGUUACUGCCUCUGCAGCUUCUUCAGGGGCACCAGACCCAGACGGCUUGGCAAGGAAUUCGAAUCUAGGAGAGGAGGGGAACACCCCUACGCCAAAAAUGCCUCUUUUCGAGCACAUGUUCUCGCUGCUUAGAAAAGCCUGCCGCCUGGGGCUUGCAUACAUUCUCACUGUGUUGAGAUAG